UUGUUGUGCUUCAGCUUCAACAUAAUGGCUCUGAUUGCGGAGUGCUGUCACAGCUGGACUGAUGCUGUACUGACUUGUUUGCAUGUUUAUCCACUCCUGUUUUUAUAUCUGGUUCCGCUCCCACAGACGACAGCUCUGUCAUUUUUCUUCACUAAGGAUCAUUCUCAAUGAGAUCCGAUUUUGGAUUUGUUGACAAAACGCUGUUCGCGAAGUUUAAGGCACUAAAACGAAGCACAACAGAGACAUGAAGUUUCCUUACCUCAGGAAACCAAAGAGCCUCGCUCCAUCUGAAGUCCACAGGCAGGUUGAACAAGUGGCUCCGAGCUUCUCCCGAGCAGCCGCACAGUUCAGCGCCAGACGCUCAGCGAAGCGAAGGAUCAGCGCCUCAUCCGCGUAAUUAUCUGCGUCUCUGCACGUGAACUCCGCGGGGACGAGCAGUCGCAGAUGCUUCUUCCUUCGUCGGACGUUUAUCGUUUGGGGAAAUUCCGCACGGUCCUUUCAUUGGAUUACACUGCAGGCUGACUGUGUUGCUUUUAUUUCAAUCUGGGAAAUAAAACGAAGACUUGAUGCGCAAAAGCGGCUUUUGUGGCGCGUAAAAGCCGCGCGUCCAUCAAUGACGGGCGCCGCGUUCGUUUCAGUGACACAGGGCAAGUUUUCCGAUGUUCCGACGAGCCUCCGUCGCGCGCAGGUCCACAUCUGGGAGAACGCCUUGGAUUAUCACAUGUACUAUCUGUGGCUUUGACGGAUGUCCAGUUUGGAGCGUGCGGCUCGUCUAAUUGUGGCGUAGGAGGCUUUUUGCGCAUUGUUGAUCUGUGGCGCGUGCGUUUCAGAAACAAUGUUUUUAUGCAACAUCAGCUCCAUAAAGGACUGGAGCUAUUUUCUGUCUCAGAUUUUACCUUUGAUGAAUAAAACUGCAGGGUUGGUGAACAUCGACAAAGCCGAGGCUGUGACGACCACCACGGUGACAGCGUUGCAGCCGGACCGCGCCAUGAGCGCGAGCCACCCUCCUCUGAACUCCAACCACACGUCGGGCAUGGAGCACGUCUUCCAGUACUCCUACUCGGAGGGCGACCUGCUGUACACGGACCACCGGACCCCCGCCCGGGACCCCAUCCCGCUGCCCAAGGCGGUGCUGUACCUGGUCAUGGCGGCGCUGGUGGUGGUGGCGGUGGCGUAUGCGAUAGUCGGACACCUGGUCAAGGAUGUGGUCAAUGACUUUGUGGGCGGAGGCAGGUCUAUGGCCGCUGAAGGUGACGGCGGUGAAGCCAACCAACCAGACUGGGUGUUUGGCUCUCGUCGCUCCAGCGACCGCAACAAGAGCGAGAUCAACUGCAUCAGCAGAAAUGUGAGCGAGAUGAGCGAGAGGCCGCGGCUGGUGGAGAUGAGCUCCGUCUCCCUGAACCACAGUAAAUGUGUGAGCGGCAGCAGAGCGGAGGCGACGGUGGUCACCGUGGACGAGACCCUGCAGCAGCAGCGCCCUCCAGACCCUCAGUCUGGGACCUAACGGGCCAAGCGGCGCCAAAGCUUUGGGUCCGCGUUGGAGUGGAUUUACAGGAAGCGAAGCUCCUUCCGCUGUUUCGUCGCACGCAGGGACGCUGCACCUGUGGAGUUGGUGUCGGAGGGAUUUUGAGCUGUGAACCUGUGCGGGAACGUCAUCGGCAUCAGACGCUGAUGCUUGUGUCUGAUUGGACUCUUCACUGUGGAGACGGAGAAACAGGGACGGACAUGUGCAGCUUUUACGUGGACUGUUUCUUCUAUUUCUUCCUCCUAAUUUAUGAGCCACGCGUUUAAGUGCUUUAAUGUGACGUCAUGACAAACAGGAUGUGGUCAGUCCAUUUAUGCCAUGACUGUUGCUCACUGAUUGUUGUGCUGUUGCAGCUACAGUCUAACACACUUCACCUUCAUUAGAUGAACACGUGAACAGUGGUUUUAUUUUCCGUGACGCUGUGAGACACCAGGUUUUUAUAACCUCAUCACAUUUCUAUGAACUAACACAGGUCAGCUGUAAAUGUCAACCUGCUCCUUUUUGUGCAACGAUGCUGUAAUUACUGGAAGCAAAAAACUCAAAAGUAAAACAGUUUUUGUAGUUCUGUGUUAAUAGCUUUAUGUAAACAAGUGCUACCCGAACAGCCCUGGUUACACCUUAAACACAAAAAUUGUCAAAGCCAUCGAUCCUAUGAGGCAAAAACAGUCAACUGUGUCACUUUCACUUUUUUAAGUUUUGCAAUAAUCGUUGUGGUAAAAGUGUUGUAACAUCACAUUUGUGGCCGAAGCUGUGACUGCUUGUCCAUCUGUGUAGUGUCUGAUUGCUUUGGACCUUUAUUACCUCACUGUUAAGGGCUACGUGCUGCUGCUGAUGAGUCUGUGACACUACACAGAAUCCUGCUGGCUCCUAAAUGCUCUGUGCAUGCUGUGGUUAGUACAACUCUCCCAAAGAAGUAAAAUCCCAAGUAGCCGAUAUUGUUCACGCCUGGACCUCAACAACUUCACAGGUUGUUCUUGUUCUGGAUUAAAACCAGGUUCACUUUACUGCUACAGCAGCAAUUUGUUCCAAAGUUCAGAAUCUAAAACUGCAAAAAAGAUCAUUUUUUUACCACCUUGUCGCUGUCGAUCACUGUUUUCCCUUCAACUCUUCUAAUAAAUAUUUAUGGUUAUUGUAA